CCUAUAACUGUUGCACUGGCAUUGUCCUUAGUUCGACAUUUGCAAACAAUUCCUUAAAAAGAAGCAUUGCUUAAGAGAUGACUUGGCAGCGGUUUAUAGUUCUGUCAGUAUUCUUGUGGGAAUGGUCCCAUGCCAAAAGUUCUGACGUUCAAAUGGGGCAUUGGAGCAGGAACAGACACAUCAAUCACCUGUAUCAUGACGUGUACAAGUUCCACAAGCUUGACCGACGUCUAAAGUGUGCAAACCAGUGUCUCACUACACGGUACUGUACGGGGUUCGCCUAUGCUACAGGUAUACAAUCCUGUUACGUGUUUGUACACCGGGAAUACGAUGCCCUCGUCAAUGGUAACAACUUCACCGGACUUCGGCAUUAUCGGAAACGCAUAGUGAACUGCCCCCAGGACUACACGCUGUCGGAGGAUGAGGAAGUGUGUCUCAAGGUGUACACCACCUCAACAUCCCACGAUCAGGCCAACUACCAGUGCUGGAGGGACGGCGGACACCUCUACCUCAUGGACAGCGACUACAAGAAGGACACGCUCCAGAAGCACUUCACAAAUUCGAUCUACGGAGAUUACUUUCUCGGAGCUACACAGAAGGUGGUAAAUGGCACAGCCAAGUUUCAGUGGGACAAUGGGAGGGCGUUAUUGUGGAGCCAAAGCGAAGCGUUCACCGCCAAUGACGCCUGCAUUGUCACCCGGCCAGCCUCCUUCCUGCUGAGGGCGUCGACAUGCGACGUUCUGGCCAUGUUUGUGUGUGAAAUCUCCUGAAUGUGGAACUAGGAUGACGUCAAUACAUAAAGUGACGUGGUGGCGUCUAGGCAUAGCUGCUGAUGAAAAAAAUGUUAUAUUACACUUGUGUGUUGUAAUAUUAAUGGAUAAAUAUCGGCAUUAUCUUAAUUAUUUUCAAUUUGGUAAAAGCAGUUUGGUUAGGCUAAGGUUGCAUAUAGUAAAUAAUGGGGACACAUAGAGUUCAGCACGGAAUGUACACCGCAUGUGUGGCUGCUUCGUCGCUGCUCCGCCUUUGGAUUUCAAUGGAGACAGAACCUCGAUCUGGACCUCGGAUCGUUCUUCACCACUCGUCCCUUUCCGUAACCUGCAAGAAGACUCGUCCCCCAUUCGUCAUCACUCGCCCCUUUCCGUAACCUGCAAGAAGACUCGUCCCCCAUUCGUCACCAC